AGCUGUUUCCUGUUUAUAUUACUAAGUUAUGAAGAGAAAAUUUAAACUUAAAUUAAUAACUUAAACUCUUACUUUAAUACGAAGAACUAGGAAAGAAUCGUAAUGGAAAAGAACAUUAAAUUCUUUAUCAUCACCGGCGAUCCGGGAGUUGGCAAGACUACUUUAGUAAAGAAACUGUGUACCUUAUUAAAUUCGAAGGGUGUUAAAACUAUAGGAUUCUUGACUGAAGAAGUUAGACGAAACAGAUGUAGAGAAGGCUUCGAUGUUGUUACUUUAGAUGGUACAAGAGGACGCCUUGCCAGAGAUCAAAAUUUGCUUCAGUCUCCUUCAAAAUAUACUGUAGGGAAAUAUGGUGUCCUCAUACAAGAAUUUGAGAAUGUAGCCUUGCCCUCUAUAAAUAACACCAAAGUAUUACAAUCAUUAGUAGUGAUUGAUGAGAUAGGAAAAAUGGAGUUCUUUAGUUCCAAUUUUAAAUCUAGAAUAAAGGAAAUCUUUGCUCCAGAUUCAAAGACUUAUGUGUUGGCCACAAUACCACUAAGGAAGAGUGAUCCUCUUAUAGAAUCUAUAAGGACUAACAGUAUGGCAAAAGUAUGGACUGUGACAAGAGAAAACCGGAACAAUAUUCAUGAAGAAAUAUUAGGUGAAAUUAAUUUAUCUAUGUAAUAUACGAAAAUAUUAGUAUCUAAUAGUAAUAAAUAAACACCAUGAUUUAUUUUUAUUGAG